UUACGUGCACUGUUUGGCUAUUUGCUUUUGAGUACGCUUGCAAAAUGUGCUAUGUCUUGGUCACGAUUAUACUGUCAUAAGACUUCGUCUUAUGUAACAUAUCUGUCUGUGAAAUAACAAUUUUGUGCUGUGAUAACGCUUGUUUAUAUCAUCCCGAGGAACCCCUACAGCUCCACUAAGACAAAACAGCCAGGAUGUUACGACGCUGCUCCAAACACCUGCAGACCAUAUACCGGAGACAAGGCCAGGGUCUCCGGUUCCGGUCCACCGAAACCCCCAAACUGUGCACCCUGCCCCGAGUGUCCGUCAAACUAAACCAGGCCAAGACCCUCGCUGCCCACAACCAAACUGCCUCAAUCCACUUCACCAGCCCACUCUUCGAGGAGCAAGAUGUCACCACCCCAGCUUUCCCUGACUCCGUCUCUGAAGGAGACGUCAAGCUUGACAAGAAAGUGGGAGACGCAGUUGCAGCCGAUGAAGUCGUCCUAGAGAUUGAGACUGACAAGACGGCCAUCCCGGUGAUGUCCCCAAGCCACGGUAUCAUCAAGGAGCUCUACGUGAAGGAUGGAGACACGGUCAAGGCUGGUCAGAAGCUGUUCAGACUGGAGAUCACUAGCGAGGCUCCGAAGAAGGCUGCCGCUGCUCCUGCAGCUGAGGCGCCUAAGGCAGCCGCUGCGCCGCCGCCGCCGCCCCCGCCCCAGGCCGCUGCUGCCCCCGCCGCCGCCGCGCCGCCUCCUCCCCCUCCCGCGGCCCGCCCCCCUCCCUCCGCCGCGCCCAUCUCCUCCAUCCCCGUGGCCGCCAUCCGCCACGCGCAGGCCAUCGAGACCGCCACCGUGAAGGUCCCUCCCGCGGACUACAGCAAGGAGAUCGCCGGCACGCGCUCCGAGCAGCGCGUCAAGAUGAACCGCAUGCGCCUGCGCAUCGCCCAGCGGCUCAAGGACGCGCAGAACACCAACGCCAUGCUGACCACCUUCAACGAGAUCGACAUGUCGCACAUCAUGGCCUUCCGUAAGAAGUACCUCGACACUUUCACGAAGAAACACGGCAUCAAACUUGGCCUAAUGUCUCCCUUCGUUAAGGCCGCCGCCAACGCUUUGCUCGACCAGCCUGUGGUCAACGCUGUCAUUGAAGAAAACGAAAUAAUUUACCGUGACUACGUUGACAUCUCUGUAGCCGUCGCCACACCGAAAGGCCUUGUCGUCCCGGUGUUGCGCAACGUGCAACACAUGACGUACGCUGACAUCGAGCUGACAGUCGCCGGCCUAGCCGACAAAGCUAAACAAGGGAAGCUAACCAUCGAAGAAAUGGACGGAGGAACCUUCACUAUCAGCAACGGAGGGGUUUUCGGGUCUCUCAUGGGAACCCCAAUCAUCAACCCACCGCAAUCAGCCAUCCUCGGCAUGCAUGGUAUCUUCGAGCGGCCGGUGGCUCAGAACGGCCAAGUGGUGAUACGCCCCAUGAUGUAUGUAGCGCUGACCUACGACCAUAGACUAAUCGACGGUCGCGAAGCCGUCAUGUUCCUCAGAAAGAUCAAGGAGGGAGUCGAAGAGCCCGCUUCGAUCGUCGCUGGAUUGUAAAGAGCUGAUAAUUGUCGCGAGUACGUAAGAUUACGUAUGUAAGUUACCACAUAGUAAAUCGACGCCGAAUUGUGAACGGGCCUUUAAGGUGAUAUACUAUCGGAUGUGUCCGCUAACAUAAUAAUAUUAAUACAGUUUUAAAAAAUACAUAGAUUUUCGAUGUCCGAUAGUAUGUCGUCUAAAAAAGGGCCAAGUUUUGAAAUUAUUUAUUGAUCGACCUCGAGUAGUGUGUCUAGGUGCGGCGGAAGACGCUAAAAUUGUAUUUAUUUGUAAAUGUACGAUCGGUCGUAUUGUGUGUUGUAUUAUUUUUAUUGUUUUUAAGUAAAACUUAAAUAUUUAAUAAAAUAAUCCGUACAUUUCCUCUAAGACGAGCUUA